UUACUAAAAUAUAAUCCUUACCAAACAAGUAGUGAUAUUAUUAUGUGAUUUUAACAUUAAAAAAACAGACCGGUACAUUCUUUGGAAGGCUGAACGCAAUUUAGGACGCCUCGGAAUGUUCCCCUUUAAUUCAGCCAACUCCUCCGCCAUGUCGCCAUUAUCGGCAUAACAAACAGCGGGACUCAAGUAGACCUACCAUCCUCUGUGUUCUCGUCUGUCCGCCGCGUCACCAUCGAGCGUCUCCCCCUGCCAUGCCCCGCGUCAACUCGCUGCUGCCUGCCCUGCUGUUCGUCCUCUUCUCGGGCCUGAGCCGGGGUUACUUCCCCGAGGAGCGCUGGAGCCCAGAGUCUCCGCUGCUCGCUCCGCGGGUCGUUGUCGCGCUCAUCUGCCGCAACUCCGCACACUCUUUGCCGCUGUUUCUUGGAGCCAUCGAACGUCUCCAUUACCCCAAGGACCGUAUAGCUCUGUGGGUGGCGACAGAUCACAACAUAGAUAACACCACAGCCAUCCUUCGAGAGUGGCUCAUCAAAGUUCAGAAUGACUAUCACUAUGUGGAGUGGAGACCCGAUGAUAGAUCCAGUGCCUUCGUGGACGAGGUGGGACCCAAACACUGGAAUAAUCUUCGAUAUGAACAUGUAAUGAAGCUUCGUCAGGGGGCUUUGGACACAGCCCGUGAGAUCUGGGCCGACUACCUACUGGUGGCAGACUGUGACAACCUGCUUACAAGCCCAGAUGUGUUGUGGAAACUGAUGAGAGAAAACAAGACCAUUGUUGCUCCAAUGUUGGAGUCCAGAGCGGCCUACUCCAACUUCUGGUGUGGCAUGACUUCACAGGGCUACUACAAGCGAACACCAGCCUACAUACCCAUCAGAAAGCAAGAGCGCCGUGGCUGCUUUGCUGUACCGAUGGUCCACUCGACAUACCUGGUGGACCUACGGAAGGAAUCCUCUCGUCAGCUGGCUUUUUACCCGCCACACCCGGAGUACAGCUGGUCCCUCGAUGAUGUCAUUGUUUUUGCCUACUCUGCUCGCAUGGCGGACGUCCAGAUGUAUGUGUGCAACAAAGAAACCUACGGAUAUUUUCCUGUGCCAAUGCGUUCCCAUGCUACUUUGCUGGAUGAGGCGGAGAGCUUCUUGCACACUCAGCUUGAGAUCAUGGUGAAAAAUCCACCACUGGAGUAUUCCAGCUUCCUGUCUCUUCCUCCCAAGCAGCCAAACAAGAUGGGCUUUGAUGAGGUCUUCAUGAUAAAUCUGGUGCGGAGAUCUGACCGGCGUGAACGCAUGCUAAGAACGUUGCACGAGAUGGAGCUCAGCUGUAAGGUUAUCGCUGCUGUGGAUGGCAAAGCUCUGAAUAAUAGUGACAUAGCGUCUAUGGGGAUUAGUAUGCUGCCUGGGUACAAAGACCCCUAUCACGGUCGACCUCUCACCAAGGGUGAACUGGGUUGCUUCCUCUCUCAUUACAACAUUUGGAAGGAGAUAGUGGAUCGUGGUCUGCACUCAUCCUUGGUCAUCGAAGACGACCUGCGCUUUGAGGUGUUUUUCAAACGGCGUCUCCAGACGCUGCUCCAGGAAGUGACGGCACACAAGCUGGACUGGGAUCUCAUUUAUAUCGGACGGAAACGGAUGCAGGUGGAUCAUCCAGAGAAGUCAGUACCCAACAUUCACAAUCUGGUGGAGGCCGACUACUCCUACUGGACUUUAGGCUACCUGCUGUCCUUGCAAGGGGCCAAGAAACUCCUCAGGGCUGAGCCUCUGAAAAAGAUGCUUCCUGUCGAUGAGUUUCUUCCUGUCAUGUAUGACAAACAUCCUGUCUUAGACUACAUGGACCACUUUGAAGAUCGGAACCUUCGGGCAUUCUCUGCGGAGCCGCUUCUGGUGUAUCCCACCCAUUAUACAGGGGAUGCGGGCUACAUCAGCGAUACAGAGACCUCAGUAGUCUGGAACAACGAGACAACCAAGACUGACUGGGACCGAGCCAAGUCCAGGAAAACACAGGAGCAGGUGGAGCUGAGCCUAGAGGCCCAGAACUCUGAUGUGCUCCAGUCUGAUCUGGAGAACUGGAGUGCACGGGAUGAGCUCUGACUCUCACAUACACACUGAGCAGGUUGACAUACUGUACAGUAGAACAAAGCUGUGAUAGUGGAAGGAAUGAAGAAAAGAUACGAGGGAGGCCGGGUAGACGGACGUAGGUCAAGUGAGACUUCAACAUGUGUCUCUUGCCACCAUUUGAUCUUUCUCUUAAAGGAGGAGGUUGGAUAUAAAGUCAAAUUAACUCUUGAAGAGUCACUUAGCAGCUUUUGUUUUAUUUAUUGCCUCUCGACACCCCCUUUGGUCCAUAUGUGACUGGACUGAAACGUUUAAUCGCUGACUAAUCCCACUAGCCUUUCAAAUAAAUACAAAUAUUUAUUUGAUAACGAAAUCAUAAAAUGUACUUUAAAAAUGCUGCGAUGACGUCUUAAUCUUAAUUUGCUUUUAGUUGGACACUCAAAUUCGGAAAACGUUGGCGUCAGUUGACAAGAUGUAGGAAAAAAACCCCUCUAUCAUCGCCACUUGCCUUGUUUUCUUGUGGCUGUGAUGAGUUAAAAACCCAAUUGGUGUACAAUUAGUUAUUUCCCAGGAAAAAAACAACAUUGAUCCAUUGAUGCUUGGUGCCUUUUUGACAGCCUUGUUGGGAGCCAUUCAUUUUUCUCCUCUCGGCACCAACAGUGUGUUAUUUAUUAUACAGUACAUUUUAUAACAUGAUAUAUCUUUUUUAACUCAUGAAUGUAUGUGUGUCGUUUUCUUAUAAGUAAGUCUUACAACACAACUACUAUAAGUAAUGUAGUUUUUUCUCACCAUUGCUUUCACUGAAGCGCAACCUGAAGGUUGUGAUGCAUUUUGUUUGGCUUA